AGAUCUGAUUUUUCCAGGCCAUUCAGGUUGAACAGGCAUCACGAGCUGUCAUCCUCAACAAAGCUACAGAAUACAUUGAGACCAUGCGUAGCAGAAACAGCGGUCACCAGAAAGACAUAGACACACUCAAGUCACAAAAUCAAUUGCUAGAGUCGCAAGUCAGGGCUCUAGAAAAGGCAAUUGCAAUGGAUGGCUUCCCAGAGACACAGAUGACUGAAGAUGGGCUUAUAAACUUAAAAACAGAAGCUUGUGAACCUCCAGGAGUAAAUGUGUCUGACAGUGAUCACGGCUCACAUAACUCUCCAGACCACCAGGUGGCAAUACGUACCAGUAGACGAAAAAAGAAACUGAAACCAUUGCCUGGAGAAUAAGACAAUAUAAUUUAAAUAUUAAGAAUGGAAGGAAGUUUAUCCCUUGAAUUAAUUUAAGGUAUAAAUCAGUCUCAGAUUUAUAUGUAGGUAAUAUGCCGUUAAGAUACCAUAUACCAUCACUCUCUUAAAUGUUUGUCUGCAUUUGCGAUGUUGCAAUAUAGCAACCAAUUGUUUUACCUGUACAUAAUCCAGCAUCUUUCAGUAUGCAUGUUUGCAGAUACAUGUAAUAUAGUACUCGGCUAUGCUAGCUUGCAUGUUAAUGUUGCUCCUUUGAGGGAAAUAGAUACCUGAUUUUUAAGAGAGUAUAAAAUUACUGUCAUUGUUUCCCUGGCCUCUGACCUUUCAAUUAAAUUAUGCAAGUGUGCAUAUAUAAGCUACAUGAUGAGAUAAUGCCCAAUGAGAUUAAAUCACUAUUAUUCAGUUGAGAAAAAAAAAUUAUCUUCUAUUUGUCUGUAAAGUAACAGACAUACAUUAUAGUAUUUCUCAACAAUUACAAUUACAAAGAUGGUGGAAAUUCCCAAGGUUCUAUUUGAUUUAUGAUAACUAAAUUGAACGACAUUGGGUCAAGUUAUACUUUGAUUCUGUCAUGCUCUCGCCCUUGCUGCCAUUAUUAGUGUAGAGAAUUGUUGACAUUCCUUUGUACAAAAACAGUGAUGUGUUAUAUUACAGCAUUA